UUACAGUUCGUUGCUCUGAUCGCCUUCAUAGGCGCCUGCCAGGCCGUAGAACAUGCUUACUCUUCCCAAAGCAUCGUUCGUUUCGACAACCAUCAUGACGACCAUCACGAUCACAAAGGACACGAUGAGCACCACGGGCUAGGAGACUACCAUGGACACGAGGAACAUAAGGAACAUGAAGAGCAUAAAGAACAUCAUGGAUUAAGUGAUUACCAUGGCCACGAAGAACAUAAAGGACAAGAAGAGCAUCACGGGCACGAAGUACACCACGAGCAUCAAGUACACCAUGAACAUCAAGUUCACCACGGAUAUGAAGCACACCACGGAAAAGAUGAGCAUCACGACCAUAAAGAAGUUGAACACAAAGAGCACCAAGCUGAGCACAAAUCCGAGCACCAAGUUGAGCACAAAGUAGAACAUAAAGUGGAACACAAGGUUGAACACAAAGUUGAACCCAAAAAGGAAUACAAAUACGAGCCUAAGAAGGUAGAACAGACCCACGAACACCAUGUCAGAAUCAUCCCAGUGGUUGAGAAGCACGAGGAAGUUCCCGUUGUUACUAAAAUUGUAGCGCCUGUGAAAGUUGUGCCCGUUGUGCAAUACGUGCAGAGCGCCCAUAAAGAGGAAUCUCACCACGACGAUCAUAAGCACGCCAUCUCUUCGCAGCACAUUGCCCGCCACGACGUGCCUGCUCAUCCCCCCAAGGAUUUCGACAGCCAGUCUGGCCCCGCCAAAUACGAGUUCCAGUACCAAGUGAAGGACCCCCACACUGGUGACCACAAGUACCAGCAUGAAGCCCGCGACGGUCACAAGGUGAAGGGCGUGUACAGUCUUCACGAGGCUGAUGGCUCCGUCCGCACUGUUGAAUACGCUGCUGAUAAACACGUUGGAUUCUCUGCGGCCGUGAAGCAAACGACUAAACACGUGGAAGAGCACAAACAUCACCAUUAA